AUGGCACCCUAUCUCGAGUCUGUAAAGUCGUUCGUGGAUGUGCCUGUGACCGACGCUGGCGUCGACACCGUCGCAUUCCUUGAGGCAGCUGAGGGAGUAGUAGGCUUGUUCGAUAUACUCGGAUCUGCCGCAUUCACGGUAGUACAGGCGGACCUGAGAGGCAACAUUGCGAAAGUUCGCGUUCGGUAUGAGGCUACUCCGACACAGUCGUCCACCCUCGAGCUGCUCGUGAUCAACGAGAAGGGCGAGAAGAAGCGCACGGCAACGGAGGGCCUGAUGUGGUUGCUUCGCGGGCUCGCGUUCACUUGCAAGGCCCUGCAGGCAACUCAAGCAAACCAGACAGAAGAGCUGGCUGCCGCGUUCAGCAAGUCUUACGAGCAGACGCUCAAGCAGUUCCACAACUUUGUCGUGAAAGGGAUAUUUUCAGUUGCGAUGAAAGCGUGCCCUUACCGCGCUGACUUCUACGCCAAGCUCGCAUCGGAUCCCGCAGGUGGUCCUUCAGUCACUGCCGAUAAGCUGAACGAAGAGCUUAACAGCUGGCUCACUGCGCUGGCCGCGAUUGUGACGAGGAUGGAGACGUUCUAUGAACAGGGUGGACACAACAAGGGUUUCUGA